GAAAUUAAAUUGUAUCAUUUAUCACAAUUGUAAAGUUUUAUUUCAGACCUGUUAUCAUUUAGGUUCUUCACCGGUCACUGCGCAUGUACCGAAACCUUGAUAGCAACCAUUCCUAACUGGACCUGUUUGAAACGAGAUUGAAGAACAACAUCAGACAUCAUGACAACUUACAGGGGAGCUGACAGCAAGAGGGAAGAGUUCAGAAAAUAUUUAGAGAAAGCAGGUGUAUUAGAUGCCUUAACAAAAGUUUUGGUUGGGUUGUAUGAAGAACCAGAAAAGCCAAAUAAUGCAUUGGACUUUUUAAAACAGCAUUUGGGAGCUUCAGGUCCAGAAACAGCUGAUGUUGAGGCCUUAAAAUUAGAAGUAACAGAACUUAGACAGAAAAUAGAACAGCUGACAGAGGAAAACAAUGAAUUAAAAACAAAGGUACAACAAUAUGAACCAGAAGGACAAGAAACUCAAUGAAGAUAAAAAGACAUUUUAUAUUAUUUAUGACAGAAACUGUUAUUCUACUUUAGUUUUCUUUUAUUGGCUAUGACAGAGAAAACUGCCACACCUUUUGUAUUUAUUUCCUGAAGUCAAGUAAAAGAUCUGAUUGUUUUUUAUCAGUUUGAAAAAUUUAAAAGAAGAUGCAGUUAAAAAUUCAAGAUAAUGCUAUGGAUAUGAUUUUAUUUAUUUUCUAAGAUAUCCAUUGUAUCAAAAUAUAAAUUUUCAGAUAUUAUAUAUAGCAUUCCCACCAAUAAUGAAAAAUGUUUUGUUGAUUUUUUAUUUUAAAAAUGUUGUUUUUUGAAGUUUUCUCCAAUCAACUAUCAUUAGAACUGGGGCAUCUUAACUAUUGUUCAUGAUUUCAAUUUCAUUCAUACACUUGUACGUUUUUAUGUGGUUGAUUUCUUAGUUUUUUUAAGUAUUUUUGUUAAAUGACUUGUUAAAAUGUACACCUAUCAAUUGAGUUCCUUUAGUGGGAAGUUUUCUAUUGGUAUGCCUGUGAUUAGCAUUGAUUUAUAUAGAGUUACAUAAAGUCCAAAAACAGAAAGAUUGUUUCAAAGGAAUGUCAUGUUUAGUUUUAAGAAGAGUGAAGGUUUUGAGAGGAAAGAUGAUAUAUUUAUGGAUUAUCAAUUUUAUCUCAUUAUAUUAAUGAUAAAGGCAGGCCUUUUAUGUAUACACUGUAUAUUUAUGCUUUUAAUGACGGUGAUAAAUUCUUUCAUUUUACCUUGGACACAAUUAUUUGCAUUUUAUUUUACAUGUAUAUGCACAGGUUGAAAACAUAUCUAUGUACAUUUGAAUACAUUGAGAGGAAGUACAAUAAAUCUUUUGUUUAUUGUGUAAAAACAGCUGUUUUAUGGCCAUAUUUUAAUGGUACAAUGACAUCUUAAUUUAUCCACUUCUAUGACGAAUGAAAUAAUUAAUUGCCAUCACCAUCUUAUAGUCAAUUUGAACUAUGUUUAGGAAAUGAUGUUUUAUUGUGUCAGAAGAACCAUUUUGUACAAUGUAUGUGGACCAAUAAAAAAAUGAUAAUUUGGGUA